CUGCCGCUCUGCUUGGACUCGGUUGAGAGCGCGCAAAGAUGUUGGUGAUGGCGCUGCCGUGGCUGCUGGUGCUGGAGCUGGUGUUGUAUGCGGGGUGCUUCAUCUGCGGGGUCAUCACCGCGGCUUCGCUGACCAUCACUCAGGGCCAGUUUGCAGGCAGGUGCAUGCUCUACGGUGGCGUUCACCUCAACGCCUCCGGCCAGACACUGACGGUGGAGAGCUCCAGCUCGGCGUCGCUCUGCUACUUUGUUUCGGCCAUCUCCGUGUGUGUGUCCAUUUACUGCGUCUCCCUCAUCCUCUACUGGAUUUACGCCAGCUGUGCGGAUGACGACGCGAAGAGGGAGAGGUCUGGGAUAAACGUGACUCUGCUGGUGUGUGGGGUGGUGGUCUUCUUCCUGCUUGUGUCGGGGUGUGUGUUGCGUAUCGGCCGAGAGCACCUGUGUCUCUCCAUCCUACAGACACUGCCGUCCCUCUUCAGCUGUGAGGAGGCGGAGAAUAAGACCUGGGCCAGUCCCUACCAUGGCAACCAGUUCUCCUCUGGACUCCACAGGGCAGAGAAAUCGGUGUGGGUGAACUUCUUCUUCUGGAUACUGAUCGUCGCCGUGGCAGCUGUGCAGAGGCGUCAUGGUGCCAGGUUCAGAGGAGCCGACUGGAAUGCAGCUGAAACCGAGCCCUUCCACCGCCCAUCACGACCUUAAAACGACCUCCAAAUGACCUUCUUCCACCGCCCAUCACGACCUUAAAACGACCUCCAAAUGACUUUCUGAGGACCUCAACCAUCUCACACGGCUUGAAAGCG